UUGUACGACAACAAAACCGCCUGACGAUUGCACUGCUGAAGAUUUGAUAAAAGGUGAAUUAGAUUAUGUGCCAGAGCUAUUAACCUGCUUCUUGGAAACAAUCUACGGUGCUUCAAACCAUAAAAUCAAAACUUCCAAGCAUAUUACUUUGGGUCUUGCAGUCAAAAGCUUAUGUAACAGCAAAAAAAUAAUAAACUUGCUGUCCAGAUAUGGGCACUGUUGUUCAUAUACUGCAUUAGAAGAAUUGGAGACUGAGUUAACUUUUUCAACGGCUAACAGUAAUUACGUGUGCCCCGAAGACAUUCUACGUCGUCCGGACUUAACUACGGCAGUUGCCUUCGAUAACUUUGAUCGCUUCGUUGAAUGAAAAAGAUACUCUUCAUGACACGGUGGGUAUAAUUUUUCAAAACAUUUCUCAAAAUGAGGAUACGAUGUCUAUAAUAGCUUUAGCUGCUAAUGAAAUCGAAAAUCUAGCUCCUAGUCAAACUGUAUCCAGUAAUACUUCAGAAUCUACGCUUUCGACGUCGAGAAAUCGAAAACGCAGAACUUUUCAAGAAAUAACUUUCGAAAUGCGCACUUUCACAAAAAAAUUAAAAAUAGCAACUUGGCAUCAGCUUGACAUUUCUGCACUCAACAAAGUUCCUGGAAGUUUAAUUACAUCAAAGCAAUUGGAUGUGAUGUGGAAGUUGUUGCAUAAGCUCAAUGUACGUGAUACUCCAAUGUGGGUUGAUAUAAUAGUAAAAUUGUUAUUGACAAUUCACCUGUCCCAAAAAUUUCGUAUUUGACUCCCAUAAACGAGUCUCCCACUAAGCAUUCCACCGUUUUGAAAACUUUAGAAUUGUGUCAAGAAGUUGCAAACGAAUGUAAUGCGCCAUACAUUCAGGUUACAUACGAUUUAGCAAUAGCUCGAACAAGUUAUUGCAUUCAAACUCAAGAAUCACCGAAGUUCGAUAACAUUUUUAUUCACUUGGGGGCCUUCCAUAUCGAAAUGGCUUUUUUUUAAAGCAGUUGGCACUUCUAUUGAUGAAUGCGGACUCACUAAUAUCAUGACAGAAUCCGACCUAAUUGCUGCAGAAUCAGUUUCAGGUUUUAUUACCGGAAAAAAUUAUAAUAGGUGUAAAAGAUUACACUUUAUAAUGGCGUUACCGCUGCAGAUAUUUCACUUUAAUUCUUUUAUGUUAAACACAAAUUUCACUGUUGAAGAUUCUGUAAUUGAAUAUCUUACUGUCUUGUCGCAACUGGAAUAUAACUCGCCUCAAAUACAGCAUCCUGAAACACAAAAUCUUCUCCAAUUAUAUGAUCAAUAUACAGCAGAAACAUUACAUGGCAAACACGGCAAAACGGCCCAAUUUUAUGCUAUGUAUAUUGAUUUCUUUAAUCUUUACCAUUUAUUUAUCAGAAGUAUAAGAGUUGGAGACUUAAACCUGUACAUUUAUGUUCUUGGGAAAAUUGUGAAUUUAUUUUUCUAUUUUAAUCAGCAAAAUUACAGCCGGUGGCUAGUGUUUUAUUUAAAUCAACUUCAACACAUCAGCGAUACACAUCCUGGCCUCCGAGAGGAAAUUGCUAAAGGAUCGAUCGGUAUUAGGAGAACCCAAAAACCUUUCUCACGGAUCCCAGUUGAUUUAACGUUGGAGAAAACUAUCAAUGGUGAAGCAGCACGUCGGCUCACAGGAAUCGUGAAUCUCACAAAUUCUAUUUCUGCCACGAAAUCACGGAGCUCGAAAUCGAAUUAUUUCGCACGUUUUAAAACGUGCAGGGAUGAGUAACAAUAGGGAAGACGUCGCAGCAGAUCUACAUCCAGAUAGACUUAAAGAACAUGAAAAACAAAUCGAAGCUUUCAUGCAUAGCAUCGAGCAGACCACAAAUCCAUUCACUUCCUCGAUAGAUAAAGAUCAACUGUACAAUAUCUCUACUGGCCAGGCUACUACCCCACAAAUUGCUAAUUGCUUGCUAAACGUUGUUUCGUCUGGGAUGUUUCUUCGCGAUCAGUUUAUAACGGAGUGUAAUAUGAAUCCGGAUAGAUUUCACAAAUCUCUAAAGAAAAAUCCGAUACUUACUUUUGCAAGUUCAAAGAAGAAGAAGAUUAUGAAGAUUGGACAAAAAGUUCAUGAGAUCAAACUGCAGCGGGAUUUAUUCGGUAGAUUAUUAGCUCUAUCUCUGAUUACUAACUUGGAUCUUGAAAAGGUACUGUGUUUUCCAAUAACACCAGUCAAGUUAUCACUAUGCCAUAUAGAUGGUUCUUUUAAUAAGACUACAAAAUCAGUACUAGUUCAAGAACUCGAAAAAAAAAUUGAAAAAAUGGAUCAACCGCCACUUCAGAUAGACUGUGUAAUUGUAGAUGGAUUCUUCUUUUUAAACACCUUCCAUCAAAUACCGCUCAAUUUUGGAGACUUAUCAAAGAAAAUUUUACAAACUCUUGUAAAAAAUUCAGCAGAUAAUGUAGCCAUUAUAUUUGAUCGUUACUUCUUACCUUCGAUCAAAGAUUGUGAACAUGCUCUCCGACGCAAUGUAGAUGACAAAGAUUUUUAUAUUGCUGGUCCUCAACAAAGUAGAACUUCUGAUUUCGCUAAAAAUUUAAAAAACAUAAAGUUUAAAGAAGCAUUAGUAAAAUUUUGUAUCGAGCAUUGGGCUGACCAGGAGAUGAAAUCGAUAAUUGGUAACAAGAAAAUAUUCCUAAUUCAUGAUUUGUGUUACGUAUACUCUGUUAUUGAUAAUAAAGUAUCACGCAUGAUUGAUCAUGGACUAUCAUGUCCCGAUCAUGAAGAAGCGGAUACGAAAGCUGUAUUUUUUGCUUGUCAAAUGAAAGAAGACUCUACUGUUACCAUUAGGACUUCCGAUACAGACAUCAUUGUUAUUAUGUUAGCCAAUAUGGAACACAUGAAGUCUUCGAUAAAAGUCUGGUUUGAUCUCGGAGUAGGUAAUGCACGCCAAUAUAUCGCCAUUUCCACUCUUUUUGAGAAAUUAGGCCCACUUGUGUCACAAGCACUACCAGCUCUGCAUGCACUGACGAGAUGUGAUUACAACCCAGCUUUUUACAUUUUAAUGGGAUUUAUAACUAUGCAAAAAGUAUUUGCAAACUUGGGUUCUACAGAUUAUGAUAUUGAAGCAUUAUCUCCUACUGUAGAAUCUUUCAUCUGCCAUUUGUACGGAUUAAAAAAGCUAUCUGAUGUCAAUAGUGCUAGAAUGGAAAUUUUUCAUAAAACGUAUAAGGUAACUGAUACGUCUCAACCCUUCUCAUUAAAUGUGCGUAACUAUGACGCUUGUAACUUACCACCCUGCCGAUCAGAACUACAACAACAUUUACUGCGAACAAAAUAUAUUGCGUGUUGGUGGAGGAACGCGCACAAUCGUAUUCUUACGGAGUUGUCGCCAACAGAUUACGGAUGAAAAAACAUGGCUAGAAAGUUGGAGCCGACCUGGUUUGUUGGAAACCAACUUCCUGAAGCGUACGAGGACAUCGUCAUAACACCUAAUCUUUUAGAAGAUACUUCUGAUGCAGAAGUGCAAAAUGACGGGGAAGUUCAAGAAGUGGAAACCAACUUCGACGAUGACUCGAAUGACGAAAAUUGACAUGUGUUUUUUUUUU